CUUUCUGGCGGCAAACUUCAAUUCAGUUGCCAAUUGGCCGCGUUCAAUCCCACAACUGCUGUUUCGGGCUCUCUUUGAAACCCAACCGCCUGAUGCUUAAUUAAAGCGUUUAAAUAGCUCUGCUAAUUUUUGAAAAAAAUCAAGUCAUAGACAUAUACAAAAUGUGCCUGCCCCGUCGCCUUAUCUGGUCGGUGGCCAUUGUCGUGGGUAUCUCAAUGCUGAUCGAGGGACGUCCCCAGCCUCAACGGGAUCUUGCACACAUUGCCGUCGUGGAGAAUGCCGCUUGGGAGCAGACCCUUCCACAACAGUUCCAAAAUCCCUUCUACAAGACACCCAGAGUCAGGGAUGCUUUGGCCAGAUCCAGUUGGUUUGGUCCUGGCGAAGAGGUGGUCUAUGAUCGUCAGGCUGAGAAAAUUCCACGUAUGGAAAUUUAUAAUGUGUUAUCUCAUGCCGGUCUGAUACCACGCCGGCGUUUCUUUUAAAUAUUUUGCAUUUAUCAAAUUAUGUUAUGUACACCAUAUGAAAAUAAACAAUCGCAGUCAUUAGUUUAGGAACAAAACGGA